AUGCCUCUGGGGGAGCUCUUUCUUUCUGCAUUCAUUCAGAUACUGUUCCAGCAAUUAGCUUCAGGUCUGUUGGUGACCUUCACCCAACGGGAGAGAAUUGAUACGCACCGCAAGAAAUGGAGUCAAAAUCUGGAUUUUAUUCAGGCGGUGCUCGAUGAUGCUGAAGAUAAGCAAUUAACUGAUCAACAUGUAAAAGUAUGGCUGGAGGGCCUCAGGGACUUGUUCUAUGACUUGGAAGAUAUAUUGGAUGAGAUUACCACUCUAGCUUUGAUUCAAAGACACAAAGGAGUUCUGCCUAGAACAAGUCUCUUUCGGAAAUUGAUCCCUACUUGCACCGGUUUAUUACCUGGUUCAAUUGCAUCCAAUUAUCGGAUGAUGUCCAAGAUAAAAGAAAUCUCGAACAGGUUUGAUGAGAUAGUGAAGCAAAGGAAUGGUUUGAAAUUGGAAAAUAAUUUGGGUGGGCAUUCUAACCGAUUGGUAACCAGAUUGCCUAGCACUUCCUUAAAUGAGCCCCACAUUUAUGGAAGAGACAAGGAUAAAGAAGCCAUGAGGAAAUUGUUGAUUGUGACUGAUGAUAGUGGCGAAUCUAAGGACUUAAAUAUGCUUCAAGUCAGUUUACAGCAGGAGUUGUCGAAGAGCAAGUUCCUUAUUGUUCUCGACGAUCUUUGGAAUGAGGACUAUGAAAAGUGGAACACACUAUGCCUUCCUUUCCAAUACGGGCAACCUGGAAGUCGAAUUAUCGUUACAACUCGCCUUGGUCAUGUUGCAUCAAAAGUGGGGUCUGUUCCAGCUUACCAUAUGAAUCUGUUGACUGAUGGUGAUUGCUUAUCUCUUUUAGCUCAUCACGCUAAAAGAUCUAUAGAUGCUGAUCCAGAUAUAAGAGAAAUUGGGACUUGCUACAGGCUUGAUGAGAAGGUAAAUACUAACGAGGAGUAUAGAGUACCAGAAAAAACUCGCCAUGCUUCAUUCCUGCGUCAUGAAUUUGAAGUUUUCACAAAAUUCAGGGCGUUCAAACAAGUUCAAGGUUUGAGAACUUUUAUACCAAUGCCUGUCCAAAAUUCACACGUUUGGCCUCCUUUCUACUUAUCCAACAAGAUCUUACUUGAAUUGCUUCCAGAGCUUCAUCGCUUAAGAGUGCUAUCUCUAAGCGGCUAUUCCAUCACUGAGCUUCCAAGUAUCAUCUGCAAGUUGUUCCAUUUACGCUGCCACCGGCAGUAG